CUCUCGUCCAUGAUCUAACAAACCUCGCACCAUGUCCCUAUGUACCAGAUCACGUCCUUUUUCACCUAGGAUAUGCUUUCCUCUCCACCGAUCUCCUCAACUCCUUGGACAAGUCCGAUUCAAAAAGGCAAAGUCUUACCCAGGUCCUCCUCCACCCAUCAUCCCCCUCACCGGUCCUGAAUCUCCCCUGCCCCCAGCUGAGCCCGCUCAUCUUAAUGAUAUAUCAUCAGAUGAACCCACAAGCUCGACUACAGCCGCUAAACUGGCUGAGGACAAGUAUACAGCCGCACAUCUGCAAAAGAUGUUACCGACCAUGUCUGAUUUAGGUCUGGUCAGGAAUGACAAGGUGACCGUGGCUAUGUCAGGAGGAGUUGAUUCUUCCCUUGCUUUGAGGAUAUUGGCAGAUAUGCCACUGGAUCUGAAUGUGGUGUAUAUGAGAAAUUGGGAUCCACUUCUCUCUGAAACCCCCUCGUUUGAAGAAGACGAACCUCUUGGUCCAGGUUCUGUCUUACCUGACAAAAACAAAAAGGGAAGACAGAAAAAGAAACCACAAUCCAAAGGGAAAGGUGCUGAGGUCGAGACUUGUUCUUGGAAAAGAGAUUGGAAAGAUGUUCAGGCGGUAGCUCAAUACGUGGGAAUACCUAAGCACAGGGUUUUUUUAUUGGAUCUAAGUAAGCCGUAUUGGAAUAGGGUGUUUGAACCUGCUAUAAAGGAAUGGUCAGCCGGAGGGACACCGAAUCCUGAUGUGGCUUGUAAUUCGGAAAUCAAAUUUGGGGAAUUGCUUGAUUGUCUUCCCGGUGGUCAAGGUGGGAUACAGUUCAUAGCUACCGGUCAUUAUGCCCGUGUGAAGAAAGUGCAACAUGCCACAAGGCUCUGUCGGGGAAAGGAUGUGGAAAAAGAUCAAUCAUACUAUCUGUCAGGUGUAACGGAAGCUCAGCUGAAGAACAUGAUCUUACCUUUGCAAAAUCUGACUAAACCUUGGGUCAGGCGUCUAGCCAGGUUUUACGGUCUUCCAACUGCCGACAGAGAAGAAAGUAUGGGUAUAUGUUUUGUUGGUGAGAGGCAAAGGUUUGGGGACUGGUUAUCGCAAUACAUCCCUAAACCCGAAACCAAAGGUCACCUCGUGACUCCUGAAGGCAAGCGUAUAGCAGAACAUGAAGGUUUAUGGUAUUACACCAUUGGUCAACGGGCUCGUGUGGGAGGAAUGGAUGAACAGUAUUUCGUCGCUAGGAAAGGUGUGGGUGAAAGUGGACAGGAUAUCUUGGUUGUACCUGGAUCAGAUCACCCCGCUCUUCAAUGCGUAUCAGUCAAGACUGAUAGUUUCAAUUGGAUAGCCGGUAAAAUACCUAAAGGUUUCGUUCCUGGUGGAAGGAAGAAAGCACAGAUUCAAGUCCGACAUCGUAUGUCGCCAGUCGUAGGUGUGGUCGGGAUAAAUUGGAAUGGAAGAGGGAUCAUCGUAGAUUUUCCUGAACCUAUAAAAGGUGGUGUUGCACCAGGACAAACGAUAGCAUUAUGGUAUCAAAAAUGGUGUUUAGGUAGUGGUACUAUAAGAUCUACCACUUCGUUGGAUCAAUUAUCACCUGAAGAAGCCAGUGCUUAUAUAGAACGAUUGGAACGUCGUACGAAGAAACCAGUCAUGGAACAUGUUGAUUCUUUGACUGAUAGUGGAGAGAGUGAAGAUAUUCAGUUGGAUUCAAGUGUAGUGGAAUCGGGUGAGAAAGGUGAAUCAGAGUCUCAAUCAUUGCACCUUGAGUCGGGUGGUGAGAGUCAAACUAUGGAAGAGACGACGAGUGACGAGAAUGAUAUUGAAGAGAACAAAAUGAGAGCUGCUGGAUGAAAAUAAAAUGGUAAAUAUUUGUGGUGACAUCGAAACGGAAGAUGAGUAAUCUUGUUGUAAAGCAUUGUAUUCAAUAUGAAUAUACAAAUCACUCU